GUCAACUAGAAAAGCAAAAAGGACUUUCCCUGGCUAAAGCCACACCCCCAGAAUGUUCAAGGAAGAGGGGCUGAUUGUCUGUGCUGAGAACACAUCACACGCCAACCUCUCCGACUUCACACUCCAUUACGGCUGUUAAGAAAGGCAAAGCAUGACUGUGGACUAUGGGAUCUGUGCGCGUCGGCUGCUUCGAAGGUGUGUCGUCAUAUACCUGGUAUCGGUUCCGCUCAUUCAAAGUAAAGAUGUCACCAUGGUGAUAGGAGAGGUGGGUGGGGCUGUGACCCUCCCCUGUAUCUCUGACCUUCAGAGACUCCCAAUCCACCUGUAUAUACAGAGACCUGACCCAGACGAGUUCAUUAAUGGCUACCAUAAGACGAGGGUCUUACCAUCCCCUCACCCGGAUUAUGCAAACCGUACUCAAGUAGACCACACACAGGGAACGAUGAAGCUGUGGAGUAUACGGCUGUCAGAUGAGGGGCUGUACGAAUGCCACAUCGGAUACCCAACCAAGAACAACCAGGAGAACAUACAGCUCAAUGUGACAGCCAACUACAGCAUCCCCAAUGUAACAGUGGCCUGUGACAACGGCAGAUGCUUGGUGACAUGUUCCUCCGACAACGGUUACCCUCGUAGGGAUGUUGAGUGGAGCCUGAACCCUCCUCUUAACCAGAGCCACUGGGGAGCAGUGAACAGCAGUGAAGUGAGAGACCCGGCCUCUAUGCUGUUCUCUGUCUUCAGUUCCAUAUCCGUCAACUGCUCCUCCGGACCCCGGCUGAACCUCAGCUGUGCUGUAGGGGGCGCCCUCUCACAGGAACACACUGUCUGCAGGCCUCCUGAUAUCUCUGUUGUCUCUGUGAUCUCUGCUGUCUCUGUGAUCGCUGCUGUUCUGCUGUGUUUCCUGGUUCUGGUAUCUAACAGCAAGAAAAAGAAGGCUCACACAGCCAGAGGUACUCAAGGAGGGAAGGGAGCAGCAAGUUCAGAUGAAAAUGUACAGCUGACCUGAAGGAACCCAGAAACUUGAACAUUUGGAAGGCAGAAUGUGGAAGGUUCUAUCAUUUGAUAUGAUAAUUAUAAAUCUGAACUCAUUGGAUACUGCCUUCUAAUGGGACAUGGUAAAGGGGUUGCUGAGGUGACCUAACCAUUGCCUGGACUUGUUGCUGUUGGAAACUAUGUUAGCUUUCCUCUACACGCUGGAUGGUAAGCUGGAGUUCAGGGGUGUUUUCACGGUGUUGAGGAAGACUGACAAUUGUAUAAAUAUUUAAAUAGUAUGUUCAAGUGACUGAGUUCCACAGAAGAACCAAUGAAAACUAGAAGUGCAAUGACUGUCCUCAAUGUGUGCACUAAACCAGGGUAUGUAGGGUAUGUAGUAUCCAAGGCAACAUAUCUAGUAUUUGUAUUGUGUUUGUAUUAGGACUAGAAACAUGCACUGCACUUUAGAGAAGUGUACACUUAUCAGGGAUUGACUGUAUUCAACUGACUGAUGAAUACUGGAAGUGAAUACUGGAAGUGAAUACAGGAAGUGAAUGUGUCUGUCCGUAGUAGAUCUUAUUUCAGAUCCAAUACCAGCCUCUCCCACUAGGUCCGAGUCCACCCCACAUACCCCACAUUUCUUUUUUAAACGGGGCAGAUGAGCAUACAUGCGCUGUUCUUCUAUCGCACGUGAAAUGAUGUCAAAGGGGGAAAAAAACUGUGUUCUUUGUUUGAAGUAACAUCUUUGUUGUUGUAAUAUCGCAAAUGGACGUGGCAGUUUUACCUCUAGAAUUCCAGAUUUAAGGACUUACAGGUGCUGGUUUUUCAGUGUUUGUGGGCUGAAGACGAAUGCUGAACGUGUGUAACAAUGUGUCUUGAUUCUUUUUGGAAUUAUUUUCAAAACAUUUUUGUAUGUAAAUAUAUGAAAUAUGUUGUUCUCGUGUAAGGUAAUCUUGAGGGCACAUAAUAUUUGUAUUAUUUUAUAUAAGUUAUGAAUAAGUUAUUAAUGUUAAAUUAUGUCUUGCAACUUUUUAAUAGCUAUUAAAAAUUGUCUACUUUGCUAUAAAUAAGUGGUAGAGCUGUUGACAACACCUUUUGUAGGACUGUGGAUCAAUUCUGUUAGGAACUCAGUCGGGGGCUUAAUUUACUGUUUAAAGUUAGAAUAGUAGACUACACAAGGUUACAUUUCAAAAUUGAGUUUUGAAUCGGCAUCUUUUCCCAAUAAAUUUAACUUAGAACCCCCAAAAGGCUAGGGCCGGCUCUYACUGCAUGUGUGGGUAUGGAUGUGGGUAUGUAGACCCACGAGCCAGUGUGGUCCCUAAUGAUGAGUUCAGUUUUUGUUGUGGCCCCCACCCUCAUCAGUUGCCCAUCCAUGUUAUAGUAUGGUGUAAUUAUAACAUCAAAUUGCAGUAUCAGUGUUAACCAGCAGAUGUCAGCCUCACCACAGAUUUAUACUCACCCACUCUACAGACUGAAGAGCCUUAUAGUAGUACUUGUGACCUGUCUUAUAKAUGCUGAAAAAGGGUAGUCUGUAGAUCCAAUGUUGUUCAAUGCCAUUUCUUCCACCUUUGUGUCUACUGCAAACAGCUUGUCUGACUGCCUCUGACUGGAAUGAAGAGAUAAGGGGAAGAUGUGACAGGAWAGGAAAAGAGAAAUGAUACUCUCCAUUCAGCAGACAGUUUCAGUGUUUAUUGGGAUACGAGAAUGGUGUGGUCUGGCACCACUUACCUUUUAAUCAAACCUACGGACCAGAGCUAACUCGCACAGUAGGGAGAAACCACACAUCUCUUUACCUUUCUCUCUCUCGCUUUCUCUCUCUCUC